UUUACCUACUGCAGAUAUGUUCACAUGCUUUAUUUAAAAAAUAAGAAAAAAGAACCAUUUUGAUGUGGAAAGAAUAACAGAAAUGAAAAUUUGAAAAAGAAAAAGGAUAAAAACAGAAUAACCGCAAAGAUAUGAAGGCGUUGGCGCGGCAUCAUCUAAACACAAAUACAGAGGUCCCCCAUACAGCGCAGUAACUUCAACUCUUCUCUUUCCUUGAGAGUUGAGUCACGCAACUUUUCCCUCCUCCGCUCUCCUCUCAUAUCUUUUUCAAGCAAACUCAAAACGGCCAACUGUUUCUUCAACCAACGCCAUUGAUGAAGAUCAUCAAUUUCACCAUCAAUUUUAAUUUUCCAGCUACUCUGUUCCUUGCGGUUACUCUUCUCUUUGCUUGUUCCGAAGCUCUCAAGCAAGGACAGAGCUGCAUCGCCAAUGGCAACUGUGAUUCAGGGCUACAUUGCGAGACUUGCAUCGCAAAUGCCAAUGUCCGUCCCCGUUGUACUCGAAUUCAGCCUGUCAAUCCUCUUUCUAAGGUGAAAGGAUUGCCGUUUAAUCGGUACUCAUGGUUGACAACGCACAAUUCUUUUGCCAAACUGAAAACGAAGUCCGGGACAGGAAGUGUAAUAUUAGCUCCACUGAACCAGCAGGACUCCAUAACCGAACAGCUAAAUAAUGGUGUUAGAGGUUUAAUGCUUGAUAUGUAUGACUUCAACAAUGACAUCUGGCUAUGUCACUCAUAUGGAGGGAAAUGCUACAACUAUACAGCUUUUCAACCUGCAAUCAAUGUCUUGAGGGAGAUAGGAGUGUUUCUUGAAGCAAACCCUUCUGAUAUUGUUACAGUCAUAAUUGAGGACUAUGUUAGAUCUCCCAAUGGCCUAACAAAGGUGUUUGAUGCGGCUGGGCUUAGAAAAUUCUGGUUUCCAGUUUCUAGGAUGCCUAAAAAUGGUGGAGAAUGGCCAACUGUAGAUGAUAUGGUCCAGCGCAAUCAGCGAUUGGUUGUCUUCACAUCUAAGUCUGCCAAAGAACCUUCAGAAGGCAUUGCUUAUGAGUGGAGAUACUUGGUAGAAAACCAAUAUGGAAAUGGUGGCAUGAAACCUGGUUCUUGUCCAAAUCGCGCAGAAUCAUCUGCUAUGGACAAUAAGACUAAGUCCUUAGUCCUUAUGAACUACUUUCCUGAUGCCCCAGAUUUUGCUCAAGCUUGCAAGCAUAAUUCAGCCCCACUUAUUGACAUGAUGAACACAUGCCAUGAAGCUGCUGGUAAGAGGUGGCCUAACUUCAUUUCUGUUGAUUUUUACAAGAGAAGUGAUGGAGGUGGAGCCCCUGAAGCUGUAGACGUGGCAAAUGGACAUUUAGUCUGCGGAUGUACAAACAUUGCCUCUUGCAAGGAGCACAUGACUUAUGGGAUAUGUGAGCUGCCUGAACCAAGCAUUUCUCCAAUAACACCAGCUGCUGCAGCUAAAAAUGAAACGAGCUUUUCAAAUAUCAAUUGCCAACCAAAGCUGCAAUGGUUGUUGGGGACAGCAUUAAUGUCUUUUUUCUUGUUGUAAAAAAUUGGAGCUAAGGAGUUUGGAUGGUGUGUGAUCAGUCGUCACUAUACUUUGUAUCUUUCCUGUGGUAAGGCGGCGGAUGUCAAGUGUUAACGUGAAGUUAGUUUAGCUUAUGCCAUGGGUAUUUGGACAUGAAUAGAACAGGUUGGUGAAAUUCUCUACUUUUAACUGACUGGUGCUUCAGUUUGUUUCGAUUUGUCAUUGCGAAAAUGCAGGACAUCGAAAAUGAUUCUACACUGGGGACCAAAUAAGAACGAGAGGUAGAAUGGGAGUCUAAUCACAACCUUUUGCAUACGCUGGGGACCAAUUUGACAACUCAAUUAAACCAUAUAAGAUAGGGCUUGAUUUGACGUCAAGAAAAGCAAUGUUAUAGGAUGAGAUUUUGCUGUUCACUUGUCUACUGCAGACAAUAUGUCCUUAUACAACGUUGUCCUAUUGAAAUGAUGUAUAUAUUAGGACAUCAUACGCAGAUAGAUUAAUAUCAUCUCCUAUCAGAUCAUCAAGCCUAGCAUAAGUUGCAGAGAGAAUAAGAUUAAAACUUAAAUAUGAAUAGCCAUUUCAAUGUCGAAAAUCUUAUCCAUCCUUUUCAUAAAAUAAACUGUCAAACUGGUCCCGAAGUCAUGGGAUGUGUUGUUAUUUUAUACCAAUCAGUCCAAUUUAUUCCAAAUC